UCGUUGAAAGUCAAGGGCGGUAACAAAGUUAGAAUUUAGUCUGAAAUACUUUUUCAAACAUUCUGACAACAUGUGAGGAAUGUGGCAUUGUCCCCAUUGUCUAAAACAUACAUUUAACUACCAAAAACAGACACGAUAAGACUUGAUUAUUUACAGACCGCCGUCAUAUUGCUGUGUGCGGCGUUAAACAACAAAACAACCAACCAACCAUUGGUGGAAAGAUAGAAUGAGCAAGCAUCAACCAUGGCAGCAGCAAAGGUGGAGGUCAAGCUAAACUGGGAACCAAUUGUACCUCUAGGUCCAGAACUGGCAUUUCACACUGGCUGCAUCAUCAAAAACUGUUUGUAUCUACAUGGUGGCAUAACUACUCAAGGAAGUACACACCCAUCAGGCAAAUUUCACCGACUUAACCUAUCUCAGCAAAUUUGGGAAGUAGUGCAUACUUCUGGAAGUCCAACACUCAGUCAUCAUGCCUGUGUAGCAUUAAAUGAUCGAUACGUUCUUCUCAUUGGAGGCUGGAAUGGCAAAUCCCGAACUGGAACACUGUAUGCCUACGAUACAGCAGCUAAUGUCUGGCUGUGUCCGGAACAAAGUGGCUUCCCGCAUGACGCAGGACUCAGCUCCCAUACUGCUAAUCGUUUGGGUGAUGGCAGCAUCAUGAUUCUUGGGAGGGAGGGAAGCAGACGUACCCAAAGACGGACUGGGAAUGCUUACUUACUACAAGGCAGUGUUGAAAAGGGAUUUACUUUUUCUGAAUACAGCAGGUCAACUACGUCACGAUCUGGUCACACCACACACAUCAUAGGAUCAAAACUUUAUGUUAUCGGUGGCAGAGAUGAUAACUUGAUAGAGUUUCAAAACGGGUUCUCCGAUGGGUCAAUCGGCCCAGCAUCAUCUUUGAAAACUCUCAAAACUCUGAGUAAAGAGUUAAGACCCAUGUCUAAAUUACCAUGUGGUCGUAGACAUCAUGUAUCCAUGUGUGGGCCUGACAUCAUAUUUGUUCAUGGUGGAGAAACGUUUGAUGGCCGGAGUAGAGAACCUGUUGGUGAAAUGUUCUAUGUCAAGUUGAAACCAGAAAUAACAUUUUACAAACUGGGAGACUGUCAGGUUAAAAGAGCUGGGCACAUUUGUUUCACUGAUGGAGAGUAUGUGUACAUCCAUGGGGGAAUUACUGGUAAAACAUCAGUGUGUGGAGAUUUGCUCAAACUUGCUGUUUAACCUUGGUAAAAGUAUAUAUGAUGGGUUUGCUUCCUGAAUCUAUUGGUUGUAUUCAGUUUUGGUCCAGCGUUAGUUGGUGGAGCAGUAGUCUGAAGUACUGUCAUUUAUUGUGCGGAGUCGUCUCCCUUUGAUUGUGGGUUUGGAAUCCCAGAUUGACUAUGGUCAUGUGUCAUGGUUUGGUAGAACCAGUGAGCUGGGGUACCGACUAAGUCAUAAAAGUCCAAGACCAGUUUCACCUUGGGCUUCCCUCCAGAUGAAAUUGACACACUGUGAUGCAACUUUAAUACUGUUAACUCACCCCCAGUGGGCAAAACAGUGGUUUUCCCCAACAAAAAUCAUGACACAGCAAAUCCUCCUUCGUAGAUACAUGUCGUUCACACGUACAUCAUUAUUCCAUAGAAAUGAGAAAGAAAAACAUUUUGGCUUUAGAGACAUUAUUGGGAUUGACUAAUUAUUUCUCCCGUGACCUGUAACACAUCACUUCUUAAAGCACAACAUGUAUAGCAGUCCAGAAUUUCCAUUACACCCUUUACACAGUGAUGUUAACUUCAAAACCUUUUUGUGACGGUCAGUGAGGUGGGUGUUCUGCUCCUGUCAACAGUGUUUCAGUUAUAUCACAGCAUGUCAGCAUGAUGUGUGCAUCAGUUGUCAAGCAAAAUGUUACCUUCGAUUAAAAAUGAUCAUUUCAUAUGUUAAAGAAGUCAAUGCAUUAUCACCCUCUGUGACAAACACAUUGUAACUUUUGUGACAAGAAAGCAAUUUAAAAACUUGAAAUGCCAAGUCAGAGAAAGAAAGGUGUGUGUGUGGUGUGUGUGGUGUGUGUGUUCAUGUGUGUUCAUGUGUGUUCAUGUGUGUAAGUGCACAAUAUUUCUGCUUCUUGACAGAUGCUACACAGACCUGUGACAGAAAGCAUGAGCAAACAUGGUGACAUUGGUCCAGCCAGGUCACAAAUUAUGACCACCCAAUCCUCUCAUGGCAAACUUUUGUUGCUGGGACCAGCCUCUGAAUCCCUGCCAGUCAGGUUGGCCAGUGAUUGGCGUCAGCUUGACAUGAUGAAGACACUGUGACAUCACAGAUGAGUUCUGUUUUUGUUUGUUUGUUUUGUUUUUUUGGGGGGGGCACAAUCUUUGUCUUCUGUGAUAUUGUUGUGAUGUUAGCAAGUUUUCCAAUAAACAAAUUCAUCACAAAUGUCAACAAUUUUCUUUAUUCAGAUUAACAAAUUAAAACUCAAAUUACCAACCAUGGCAGAUGUGAUGGAUUCCUGUAGCAUUGACUAAAAUACUACAAUGGCCAAAUCAGAAAAAAUUAUCCUGAUAAAAACAUAAAUAUUCUCAUCAUUCUAUAUGUAUGAUAGAUACAAGGUCACAAAAUAUUGCUUCUUUGCAUAGUCUUAAGAGACAUUAUUUUUUGCAUAAUCAAAUACACCAAUAUUUGUUGUACCUGUAAUACCUUUAGGCCUCUCUGAAAAGACAAAAUUAAUACUGAUAGUCUUUAUAUUUUCUUUGACUUUCUGUUUUGCAAUGGGGUGAAA